GGCGGCAUGGCGGCCUGGACGUGCUGCCGGGUGGCCGCCGUGUCCUGCCUGGUGCUCUGCGUGUCCCUGCUGCUGCCGCGCACCUUCCUGCCCCGGGCCGGCGGCAGGCAGGAGCCCGGCGCCGCGCCGCCCGAGGGGAAGCUCGGUCGCUUUCCACCCAGGAUGCAUUCCCACGCCACUCCUGAUGGCCAAGCUGUCCCUCAUUUUCCAAGGUCUCACCUUACUGAAGCAGUUGCCAAAGCCAAGGCAGGUGGAGGUGGUGGUGGAAGCACUGGUGGAAGUGGAAGAGGUCUUGUGGGACAGAUUAUCCCUAUCUAUGGAUUUGGCAUCUUCUUGUAUAUUCUGUACAUUUUAUUUAAGCUGGCUUCCAAGGGAAGAACUACUCCUGCAGAACGGAAAUGCCCCACUGCUACACCUGGGAACACGAAGAGGAAAAUCACUGACUAUGAGCUUACUCAGCUCCAGGAAAGACUGAGAGAGACAGAAGAAGCGAUGGAAAAAUUAAUCAACAGAGUAGGACCUAUGUAUGACAGCAGGACUCAAAAUGUUACAACAGACCAGGAAAAAAUGUUACUUCAACAACUCCGAGAAAUUACUAGAGUUAUGAAAGAAGGAAAAUUCAUAGAUGACAUCUCUCCUGAGAAGGAAGCUGAGGAAGCUCCUUACAUGGCAGAUUGGGAAGGUUAUCCAGAAGAGACCUAUCCUGUCUACGAUAAUUCCGAAUGCUUCAAGCGCAAACAGGACACAAUCCUUGUAGAUUACCCUGACCUGAGCCAGCCCUCUCCAGAAGAGCUGGCAGAAAGAAUGGAGGGCAUGGAAGAUGAGGAGUAUCCUUAUGAUGAAACCCUGCUAAGUGAUCUCACCACAGGAAUGGGUCAGGAUUUAAUGCAGAAAAAGGAUGAUGUCAGUGUCACCAGGGAGGAGGAGAGUGACCUUCCUCCCAGCCAGAGCACUGGGGAGUGCUGCUGUUGCUGUGAUGAGGAUCCUGCUGUCAUAGCAGAGAAUGCUGGAUUCCACUCUGAGAGCUGCAGUGAAGUAGAAGAGACAAGCCAAGAAGACCUGUCUGUGGAGUCAGAAACUGAACAUGCAGCACUGGAAAGGCAAAAAGUCAGUGAUUCAGAGGGGACAGGCACACUGAGAAAGCGCUACACCAAAGUACUUGAUUAAUAGGGACAACAGUGGAUGCUGUCUGGAUGAUAAAGGUAGAGGUCAUAAACUCUCCUCCACGUGGGUUUUGUUCCCAGUGAGGACUUCUCUGUGUUCAUCUCCUUGUACCUGUUGCAUUCUUGUGGUACCAGUCACAUCAUCUGUCUGAACUGGAAGCCAGUACCUCUCUUGUGCACUCAUCAUGGUUACCAUGAUGCUGCCAACAGUGCUUUGUCCUUGAUUUUUGAAGCCUUGUAUUUUGGAGCAGAUAUUUAUGACUUGUUCCUUUUCAAUUCCGAAGUAGCCAUCCUUGGUUUUACCCUUUGUCAUCCCAGAGUUAACCAAAUGUCUCUUCUGACUUUUUCAAAAACAUCUGUGUGCUGCCAGUUAGGAGAGUUAAUCAAAUCCUUAUAUAUACAUGAGUUUACUGGGAUGCUGAAGGACAAAAUAUGCCUUCUUUCUCUUAGCUCAGUGUUAACUGGUCAGCAGAGCAGAUCAUAGUCACACACAUGGCUCUCUCAACUCUGUCAUUGCUCUCUAUGCUUGAGAAGUUGCUGUCACUACAAUCCAUAAAGCUCCUGUGCUACCCCACAGCUCCUUUCCCUGUUAUUCCGUGUUGUUGGAACGGUAGCCUAAUCCAUGUUGUGUAACUUGUGUGAGCAAGACUCAAGCUUUGUGAAUUGUGCUUUAACUUUGCCUUAGCCCUGGUGAAAUUCCCAGAUGAUUACAGGAAGUGGACCACAAUGUGUGACAGCACUAAAAAUAUCCCUAGAGAUUAAAACCAAAAAAGCAGUGAUAAGGUUUGUCUGUAAAGGAGAGAACAGCAGGAGGGAGACCCUCAGACUGAAGGUAGCUGGUGGGCUUUUCCUUCUUCCUGGAAACCUGUUGGGUUUUUAUGCUCUUGGAAUGUUGUUGCCAGGGUUGAAGUCUUGAAGCACCCCAGGUAUGAGAUGAGGAGGGUGCUGGAGCCAAGGGCUCCUGAGGAGAGGUGGCAGGAGAUCCCUGUGCCCAAGGGACAGCCUUUCUUGUACAAGCAGCAUGGCAAGUGGGACAGGCCCCAGGAAAGGGUCCCUCAGUCCCCAUGACCCUGCUGCUUCUCCCAUAUCUGGGCUCUUUUCAGGCCCACCAUACCCCAUGUGUUAGGCCACGCUCAUGGCCCUGUCACCAUGGCUGUUUGUGAUGUCACCAGUCCCCUGAGUGCUCUGGCACUAUAGAAGCAGGGCCCUCUGCAGUGCCCCUCUGUCCACCCCGCUCUGAGGCCCUUGAAUGUCUGGAAGGAGGAGAAGCCAGAGCAGUGAGGUGCAUGGCAGCCAGCCUUUGUAAGGGACAGCAGCAGCACCCCUUCCAGUGAUGGCCGAAGAGGAAGGGAUAUGCCAGGAGGAGGCUGAGGAGGAACAGAACCACUGCUCUGCCAUGAGUGCCACCGCCCUCAGUUCCCUGGUGAUGGCCAUGCAGAGCCUGGCUCUGUGCCCACCAGGGCACGGCGUGCAGCCCAGGGACAUCGGCCUGCCAGGGAGCCACCGGGGCUGGGAGCUGGGUGGCCACCUGCCUGCACGUGGGGCAGCACAGAGACAUGUCCAGCAGCGGCCAAAGAGGGAGUCAUUUGCCCAGGGCCUGAAAAAUGGCAGUCAGCGGUGCAGGAGGAGGAGGAGGAGAGGAAGGAGGAGAAGGAGGAGCACCAGCCCUUGCACCAUGAGAGCCAUUGCCAACAUGCAAGGAACGACAUCCAGUGCGUGCCUCCAGGAAUUCCGGCGGAUCAAAAUCCGCACCUGCCUCAGUGAAAAAUAAGCAGCAAGGAUGAGAAUGCUGUCACCCUCCUUAUUUGGGACCCCUUAAGCAGGAGGUGUGUUUUAAGAAAUUUUCCAGUUCCAUGCCCACAUCCUGCUUUGCCGGUGCCACCUUACAUCCUGGGGGUUUUUUAAGCUAUAACAUCGACAAUUUGAGACUAGUUUUUUUUAAACAGAGUAAAGUUAUCAUAAGGCAUGGAGUCCUAGGAAUUUCUUUUUUGCAAGGGAAUAUUAUGGAGUCCCAGCCUCCACAUAGGGCUUGUCCUACUGGCUCACCCAUUCCAUCUCCUGGCAUCAAUAAUAACUUGUUGAUUGCCAUGCAUUGUAUGAGCCCUUCCUCUCACCCCCUACCCCACCCUUCCUGGAGCUCCUCUGCUCUGAGCCACAGGGAGAGGACAUGAAUGGACUUGGCUUUCACCAUGCUACUGUGCUGAGGUGACAGGAUUUACCCCCAGGAGGGCCACUGAGGUUCCUGGGCUCUGGAGGUGGGGUUGCUUCAGUCUGAGGACAACAACAGUCCCUGAUGGAUGAGUGAAGUCAGCCUUGCAUAAAGGGUAUUAGCAGACCAAGCCAAGAAUGUGGGCAGCUGUUUCCUUGGAGAAGCAGCAGAGGGCAGUUUGGCCAGGAAGAACUGCUGGCCUCCACAUGGAGGUCAUUUCACAGGAAGUUUUCAAUGUUGGGGAAUAAAUUUUAAAAAAACCAAACCAAUAAACAAAAAAAAAAUAACCGCAAAAAAAUCUUUCUUCCUCUCUUUUUUGGGAUUUGGUGACUGUGUGUGGAUUCCUCUGUCCCCUCUUGGUCUCUGCAGCCCUGGAGAGGCACUGAUGUGUGGGAUAUAGGCCCAGCCCAGGCCUUGGAGAUGGUGAGGAGUUGGGGCUCAUGGCACACAAGGGCAGGCUGAGGGAGCUGCCCCCAGUCAGCAGUGGUGGAGCAGGUGGCCCAGUGAAAGUGGGGCUUUGACCAGCCUGGGCAAGUGUCAGCUUGAUCCCAGCCUUCAGCCAAGCCCUUACAUCACUCCCCAGUAUUUCCAAGGAAAUGGCAGGAGAUGUGCUGGAGCCCUGCUGUGGCUACAGGCACAGCCCACUGUGAGGCUUUCCCUGGAUUGUCACAGACUGGUGAGUACUCCCAGGGUGACACUGGAACUGUGACACUCUGAGGCAGAAACCCAGGAGCACAGGGCAGGCAUCUACACCCACCAGGGGCCUCUGGGACACUCUGCUUUUUUGGAUUCCCCUGUUCUGCACCAGCUCCAAGCCAGAUGCUGGGUGCCAGCCAGGGUGGGGUGCCCAUGGCAAUGCCACCCACCACAGCUGGGGCAACCCUUGGGAAGGGCCCGUGCCACACCCAGAGCCACCAGCCAGCCCUGCUUCAUGCCAACCCCACCAGCCCAGCCCCCAGAGUAUCUGUGUCCCUAAAUUGUGGGUCUGGCCCACCAACUGCCCUCACCUCCACAACUGCCAGGUGCAAUUGUUCCAAACUUACCAAUAAUCCAUGUAACCUGGGAAUCCAUGACAUGGACACCACCACAGGAAAGUGGAUUUGUAUUCCUUGUGAUGGCUGUUAUUCCCCAGAUGGGAGUUGCCCAAUCCUCUUGGCACAGUGUUACUGUUUGCUCCCAGAAUCAUUAGGCUGUACCAGACAUUUUCUCCCAGGUUUGCAAGACCUCAGCCAAGGGGGUCUCAUUUUCAAUGCCAGGUCUAUUUCCCAUUGUUUCAAGCACUAAGAAGGACUUGAACCCCCCCUUUUACAUGGAAAAAAGAGCUGAACUCCCUUUUAACAAGUGCCUUGCAAGGGCUCUAAUCCCUUACACCUCAGGAGUUGUUAGGGCUACUUUUAGCACCUGUGACAGAGCUAAAGGCUUCCUGUUUCUUUGCAGCAAGGUGUCAGAGAGCCUCAGGAGCUCAUCCCUGAGGCGUCAAUGGCUUGGCAGUCCCUCCCCGGGGACCACUGAGUGCUCUCUGAAUGUAGCCAGCCUUGCCUCCCAUAGCAGCUCACCAGCAGCCUUCAAACUGGGAUUCCUCCUGUUUAAACAGUAUUUCCUUUUCACCCUUUGCCUCAGCCUUCCCCUCUCUGAAACAGAAAUGUCUAUUUGGAGAAGCAUUUUAGAAAAGGACCAUCAAGUGUGUGUCUCCAGCUUUUCAGGUAUUAACUGCUCACUUCUACCAGAGAACACUCAUAAUUUGAAUGAGAGCUUAGCUAAUCAAAAUCAGGAUUCUCAGAGAACUUUAAAUGUAAAUCAAAAUUUUAAGUCAGAACAUCAGCAAAGCUGGGAAUUUGAGAAAAAGUCAGAAGCUCAGAUGGAUGCCCAUUGGAAGCAGUCAGGCUCCUUAAAAGCACGUGCUCCUGUACUUGUGGUAUUUCCCACCUGGCAAAUGAAAUGGCUGUACUUUUUGUUAAAGCUAAAAGAAACAGUAUGUGUUGUUAGAACAAAAGAUUAUUAUAAAACUAGAUUUUUAAAAACUCCAACGGGCUUAGUUCUGCCUGGAUAUUUGAGAAUGGUUACAGAUUGUUUCGGGCAUUCCAUGGGAUCAGGAAAAAAGCAAAAAGUAAGAUCACUGCUGGCCCAAAAAAAGCAUUAGUUAUCAGAUAGUAUUUGAAAAACAGAUAAAUAUCUUAGAAGGUUAUGACCUAACUCUUUGCAUUAGCAAUUAGUGUCCAUACCUUGGAUUUUUAAUUUUCAACUAAGAAUAAGAAAACUAUGCUUACCUUUGAGAACAUAGAACAACCUAGUGCAAUAAUCUUCUAUUUAAAUACUUACUUACACAUUCUAAUAGAAAAUAGUAAAAUUCUAUGUUUCUAACCUCAUGUAUCACAAACACUGGGGCAAAGAAACCAGGUAAGAGUUAGAAAACCAUCUAUGUAUCAAUAGUUUUAUACUGACCACGUAUUUCAAAGCAAAUGAAUGCAUCACCAGAUCAGACAGACUGAGCAUCCCAAACACAGCUGGAAAGGUUGGUCAAGUGAUUUUUCUCAGCUUUGGAGGUUCAUCAGUUCUUUGUGGGGGUACAGAUUUCUAAGGAGCAAAAAGACACCUCUCUUGUUUCUAAGUGAUCUUGCUGGGAUGGCUUAGAUAGUGCUCUGAGAGCACUCCUCCUCUCUGUUGGGAUCAAACACAUGCCCAAGUGCAAGAUUCCCCAAACUGUAUUGUUCCUGACAGAGGAAAUUGUAAAAGUACAGUUUCAAUAGCACUGGAAACUCCUUAUGUUAAAUAAGUCCAUAUCCAGUGAAAGUAAUUUAUUGAGGUGUUUCCAACCUUUGGUAGGGAAAGACAUGGUUGUUUCAAACAAAUUAAGUUUAAUAUUUCUGCACAGUGUUCUGUAUUCACAAACACUGGAGCCUCUAUGUAUGACACAGACCAGGUAAAUUAUGUGAGGAUACAAAAACCAGUCAUUGCACAUACUGGUAAAUAAAUACAUUUACUCCAGAAUACCAAAGAGUUUCUUUAAAAAAUUUAAUUUGCAAAAGCACUUUCUUGCAGGUUUAUCUAAAACUCUUCUAAAGUCUGAACAAAAAGGGAAAUGCCUGACUAUUCAAAACAGGCCAAGACAGUCUUGUGUGCAUGACAUGUUACAGCUAUGGUGAAAAAACAUGUCUGGUUAAAUGUUAGUUCUCAGAAUUAGGUCAUUGUUUGUCAAAUUUGAUAUAUCCCAUUCUUUAAAACCCCAUUUAAUGUAAAGAAAAUAUGGACCAUAACAUAUUCAAAUUCUAUUGUAUAACAUCAGUUUAUUUAAGAAAGGCAAAGAGAUGAAUCGGUAAAUGUUUGCUGUGGGAAUUUAAAAAAAUAAAAAUAAAAUAAAAUAAUUAAUCUCCUUUUUCAUUUUCUAGGGACAGAAACAUUCAUGUAGCACAUUUUUUACUUCUUGAAGUUUAAGUAAACGAGUCAGAAACAAAGGCUGUUUUUCUUUACAGGCAGAUAUUGUCCAAACAUAUUCUAAAAUGGGUAUUUCUACAACUGCUCCCAAACACUGGAUCCUUCAGACUGUCAUUGGUUGGAUGAAGACAGUGUUGGAAAGUACAAAAUCAGCUCAGUGGCUACUAGAAACUCUUAGAAAUGAACCACCUCUAGAGUAUGUACUUUCUGAGAUUCUUCUAGAGGUGCAACACAUUACAAAACAUCCUCCACAGACAUUUUUUGUUUUGUUUCCCUGCUCUUAAGUAUGAGGAGAAAGGAGGAACAAAAGCCCCAGCCUUGUGAUAUGGGGUAGAAAUUGGCUCACUGUGUGGAUCAAUCCCACUGAAAAGUCAGCUCAAAGGAAAAGCAGAUGGUUCUCUGUAAUAGAUACUUACAUGGAAAGCAUGAGAGAGAACAACUUUUUUGUAACCUUUUCAACAGAAAAAAAAUCCCUUGCUCAAAAUGGUUUUAAAAGAAGUUUCAAAUAAUUGAAUCUUUUAGAGAUAUUUUGCAAUGAUUAACCCCAAGGCAAAUCAAUAUCAUGAUUUAUGCUGUCACUGUGAACAGAAGGGAAAGAAGGUAUCACCAAAGGAGUGUUCUUAAGACUGUGUCCAUCUUUGUAUGUGUGUGCACAAAUGUUUGCACAUCUAAACCUGGAAAAUGUUGGGAAAGUCAUAAAUUAAACCCAUCCCACACUUGAUACUGACAAUCCUGUGGGCAUAUAUCUACGUCCUCUUUAUACUGUCAGAGGACCUCAUUUUCCUGUCACUGUCACAGGAUUUUAAUUUGAAAUAAACAUAGUUUCAAUCACCAGAAAAGAUGCUUACACUUUUAAGAUAAUAAAAAUUAUUAUAGCUCCAAUAUUUGUCUUUUUCAUACAUGUUUUUCAGUAAGCCACUGUAAGGGAUUUGUUUCUUGCAGACCUUGUUUCUUUGGGAGACUCUCUCUAUGGUUUGUUAGUUCUUGUGCAGGUUCAGUUCUGUCCUGUUUUAUGGGGCAAGGUUUUGUUUUUCUAAAUGCUCUGUGGAGUUGCAGUGAUGACAUCACUGAAUUUGGCAGCACAUUUAAUGGAAAAGGUGAGCAUUUUUCACCAACAGGUCUUCCAGAUCCCCACUUUGAGUGUCAAGUCUUCAUGGGAUGUAUGUAAGAGCAAACUUUGGCUUCCCUUCCAAAUCCAGUUUUCUGAAGUGCUCAUGCCAGUAAUGCCCAAUUUUUGUGAUCCACAUUUAAACAAAGACAAGAAGACACGAGGAUUCUAGCAGGGACACACAAGUGUGGCAUUAUGGAGACACAACAGAAGUUAGAAAGAAACACUGGUUACGCGGAAAUAAAUGGGCGAAAAUGACAUCAUGAAGCAGUCUGUACAGAAAUGGAGUAGUUUAGAUGAGAAACAGAGUUCUUACCAGUAUAACACAACAUAAGCAGUGACCAUCAUGUCACUGAAAUCCUUGACUCCCUCUGAGCAGUGUGCCCAGGAAAUCACCCUCCUGCCACUCCCAGCACAUCCCAGUGCCUGGCCUGCAUGCUGGACUUCCUCCACAUCUCCAGUGGAGCUCCUUUGCACUUCGGUUUGCUUCUCUGCAACAGCACUCCUUGGGUUCUGUGCUGCCUGUUUCUGGGCUUAGGGCUCAGAACAGAGCCAGUGUAACAAAAAGGUGCUCUCUUCUGAAAUGCAACGCGAGCACAAGCAAAGUUCAAUAACUUAAAGAGCCACAGGUCCCCGUUUUUGCCUUCAGGAGGAGCUCUUUCUUCAGGAUUGGAGAGCUGUAAUUUAAUGGCUUCGGUUCAGCAUUUUCUGGUCUCUGCAGCCGUGUCCUCUGACUGGUGACAGACACACAAGGUAGGGGACAGCACACGGGGACAAACAUGCACUGUGACAGAGCAGGGUGACAGUGAGCAUGAGCUGCACUGCUCCGUGACAAACCCGCUGUGUGUGCCUUUCUGACAGGGCUUGCAUGAAUGCUAAGAGGGGCUCUCAUCCUCCAGAUCCAGGCAGAUAGAAAUGAAGAAGAAAAAGAGAAAGGAAGAUUAUUUUCUGAGAAACAAGCAUACCCUCUGCUGGGCACUGUAAAAUAAACCUAGCUCUACGGGCAUCAUUUACAUCACGCUCCUAGAGUCAAGCUCUGCUACACUAGUAAAGCAUCCUGGCAGCCACACAAUCCCAAAUAGAAAGCACACUGUUGUCAGGAAGCUUAAAUUCACCACACAGGUGGCAAUAAAUCAGAGUGCUGCAAACUACUGCAGUAGGCAAACAGGAUUUGGGAAAUGUGGCCUCUACUGUGCAGGUGUUCAGCUUUGAGGUACAGUUCAAGAAGCCAAAAAAUGUGGUACAGUAAUUCCUAAGUGAGAGUGCACCCUGAGAGUGCAGAGGGGUGAAUCCCUUUACAUGUUCACCAGGGCUUGGUCAGAAACCUGUUCAGCACUUUAAAAUUCCCCAACGACCUUGAAGUGCCCAAGCUGAUGAAUCCCCAGGUGGAAGAUUAUGCAACCAGAAUUGAAGGCCACCCUACUUCAAAAUGAGAACAUAUACACAGGGAUUUAACACACUUUAAUUCACAGAUAUUGACUUUAUAGAGCUUUCACUGACUUAGUGUUCUGGAGUGUCCCCAUAUGGAAAAACCUGCACAUGUUUGAAAGAAGAGAAGGUUAUAGAUGAGGUGGGGAAAAAAAAUUAAAAUCAGGGAACUUAAAGCAAAACAAGGAAUUCCAGUAACACAGAUUACCAAGAAGCUGAAAAGCAUCUACCACCUGCAAGAAAGUAUUUGAAGUGAUACCAAAUAGGAAUUUCAACCUCGUGGACUUGUGCAGGGUAGUCCAAAAGACAGAAUAAACAGUGCUUUUGAAAACAGGGGUUUGGGGAUUUUUUGGGAAAGAAAACCAACAAAAACCUUGUCACAGUAAUACUGGACUCAGUAACUCUUGAGAAUUCCUCAGUUAGAGUUAUAUUCCAAAAUCAGCUUUUUGACAUGACACUGUUAGAAAUCUUGUAAGAGAUCACUACUGCAUCACUACUGCAGCCCUACUUUAAAACAGAGGUUAGAAUUAACAGUACACAGAGUUUUGUCUCAGUCUGCAUUAUAAAACACUGAAUCCCCAACUAACUACAAUUAGGAAUGAAAUAGAGCCUCAUAAUUUGUUGUUUGGUUUGGGUUUUUUUUGUUUUUUUAACUUAGGAAAACUCAGUGGGCUUGAUUUAAAUAUUUUGUUGAGUAACUUUUCAGUUCCUGACAUUUGCUCAGUGUUCCCAUGUUUGUUUAGGGUCAUUCUCAUAAAUUAAUUUGUAUGAAACUCGAUUUCAGUGCAACUUAAUUGCCUGAUGAGAACACUGUAGUCACAUGGUUUUGUUUUCCAGUAUUCUAAAGUGAAACAGUUCAGGAUAAAAUUCAAAAUGGAGACCCUCUGUCUCCUAGUGCUCACCCAUGGGAACAGCUGGAAUAGUAAGGAAUAAUAACAUUGCUGGUUGGCAAAAAAAGCCUUCUGCCAAUCCAGGCAUACAGCACAGUGAUUUUGCCUAGAAAUCCUUUUCUUUCUUGGCUGAAAAGUUUGUAUUUUUAGUAACAAAUAUCAAAUCACAUGUAAGGCAGCAGGAAAUGAGGCAGAGCCUUUACUAGAAAACAUGGCUCUAUUUGUGUUCAGCACUAGAAACACUGCCCAUCAGAAAAAAAUGUGGUGCAUAAACCAGCAGCUUCAUUAGGCAAAACCCAAGGAAAGCAUAUUAUUAUAUAAUAUGCUAAGAUAAAUAUAUAUAUAAAAUAUAAUAGCUAUGUUGUGUUUUUCCAGCAGGACUAUCAAGCUCUGCCUGUAUAACAACUGAGGAAAUUGCUGGAAAAAGCAGCUGCUUCUCAACUAAGUCAGCUUGGUACACCUCAAACUACCUAAAAAGACUAUUUCAUUUGAGCUUCAACCACAUCUUUGAAAACAUUUUAAAAAUAGCUAAAAAAUGCUGUAAUGUUUAAAGACACAUCAGGAUCAACAAAGUUCUACUUCUAGAAGGCCAGGAGAUUGUCCUUAGGGAAGAAAACAGGAUGGUAAUAACUGGUUAUCUUCUGCUGGCCCAGACUGGAAUGAAGGCCUCCUGCUACAAGGUGCCAGGCUCACAAACUUGUUUGAACAUCAAAGGCUGGACUUGAUGAUCCUGGAGAUCUUUUCCAGCCUUACUGAUUCCAUGAGCAGUGCCCAAAGCCCACCCAACACACUGGUUCUGUGUACUGGUGAGAUUUUCUGCACUGGCAAAAUAAGUGACCUCAUUAUGUGAUUUUCCAGCACAUCAAGACUAAAUGGUAAGAUUACACUUAUCUAGAUAGUAGGCCUUAAAAAAAUAGUUUAAAAUUCAAAUGGAGUAAAAAUAUUCCUGCUGUUAUUUGGUAAGUCAACAUAGGAAAGGUACACGAUUUCCUACGUGAUGUUCAGGACUGCCUAAGAGAAUUAGGAAGUGCACUCUUGCCAGGACUUUGGGAUUCUCAUCACUUAGUGUGUCCUCAUCACACUGACAGAUUGCUGCAGUCAGUCUGGCAGUCUGCAUGGAGCUGCAGGAUCAGAAGUUUACUAAAGCUUACUAAAUCUUCUCAAUGCGAGCUCAAGCUUCAAACCCAGCUUAAGGAAAGAAAAUUUUGAAUAAAUAAUCUCCUUGCAAUUUCAUCCAAACUAUAAGCAUUAAACUUAGCUAGACUUUAAUGUUAACAUUUAUAAAAAUGUUUAAAAAUAACAUUCUGUUACUUUGAGAAUUAUUCUUACACUUCAUAAAUUACUCCUAAUGGCAUUGUGCCAACUGGGACAGCCUCAGUAAGAAGCCACAAAUGCAGGGUGAAAUGUGAGAAACGCUGUAAACAUCCCAGGUGAGUAUAAAGGUAGUCAGAAAUCAUGAGGCUCAUUGUUUUUAAAUCAGAUGUGCAUGACAGAGUCAAAGUGGGCAGUAACAACAGUUCUGAACAACUGAGUCACAUCCAAGGGAAAGGAAAAAAACAAAAAUACAAAAGGCAAUUUGCAGCACAAUUGCCGUGUCUCAAUUUGCUACAUAAAAGCCUUAAAUAGGUGGUUGCAUUAAGUGAACCUCUGCAAUGUGCUCAGGAAUAAUAGUUUUAAAACAACAGAUGCUGGGAAGUAAAACACAACCAACACCACACACUGCCAGAAGGAAUAGCGUAUGAGAUGGUUUGUCCUUGCUGGUUUUUUCUGCACUUUUAGUAACCAAAAAUAAGGUAAAAAAAUUGAAGCCUCACUUAAAUCAUUGACAAGAUUUCCACAGAAUUCAACAGCAUCAAGAUUUGAUCCUAAUAGAUUGGUUAGUUACAUGGUUUCUACAUAGGUGGCAAAAAACUUGGUAUUUCGGUUGCUUCGGGGAGCUUUAAAUUGGGUUCUGAGCACAGCAACGCCACUGUCACCCACCAGCCUCAAAGCACCCCUGGAAAUCCUCUCAGCAGGACAGAGAUGGGCACAACCAGGCCAAAAAUCAGGAGUUCCAUCCAACUCAUUGGAACUGAGGCACAAAGAGGCUCCAAGACUUGCACAAAUCCUGACACUCUGUUGGGAUUAAAGCCCAGCUGACCCAAUCCCCAGUGCUGAAUCAGCCUAGUGUGAUUUAGCCUGUGCUGGUUUUAACACACAUUUUGACUCUUCAGGACUUUUUUUGCCUGUACCCAAGCACAGAACAGAUCAUGAGUAUCCAAGGUACUUGUGAGGCUCUGACUGUCAAGUAGGACUUUGUUACAGUUCAUGUGCUUAACAAGCUUUUGUCAGAGUAAUUUUCAAACUGCCAUUGCAGACUUAAACAGAACCAUGAUAAGCUUCCAGUGUUAUUGCAUAAUCCAAUUAUGAUGUGAAUAGGGAAGGUUUUUCCUCAAAAAUGUAUGCAUAAUUUUUCUGAACAGUGUCCUGUUCCUAGAGCCAUUCAGCAAACCAGAGUACUGGUUCCAUGAAAGAGUUUCAGGAAAGCUACUUGAUUCAAGUCUUCUCAGUGAAGGUGUAGAUAAACAAACCCUUACUGAAAGAGGGGAAUUGAAAAUGUAUAGGCAGUUAAAUAAAAUACAACAUACAAAAUAAGUUUUAAUGCAUUUUCAUCCAAUAUACAGGCAUUUGUGAGUAUCAGCUACUGAGCUAUAGUUCAUAGCAAAACACCAAAGCAUUGAGAUAGUUGUGCAAAUUCUUUUCUUAGUUCCUUGGCGAGCAACAAAAAGAACUGAAGAAUAUCUACAUAAUUAAUUUCAAACACUCACAGAGCAGAACCCUGAAGGUACUUUUUGUACAUGAGGAACAACAGGAACCUGAUUCCAUUAAGUAGCACAUACAAGAGAAGCCUGCAUCUACAGUUAGAUUAAAUCUACUGCAAGAUUUAUAUGUAUAAAACUACCUUAUUCUAGUAAUCAAAACGAGGCCUUCUGAGAAAUCUGAGUCAUCAGCCCAGAAUUCUAAUAAAGGUGACUGCUGUGCUGUCCUUAAUUGCCAAGCAAAGGUAUCUGAUUGGUGAGCCCAGGCUUCUGUAAAAGCAGGAAAAAAAUCUCACAAAUUAUGUUUUAGGAGAGCAAUGGGAUAAUACGGGGCAAAUAGUUAUUAUGCCACAGGAUCAACCCCAAAAUCUUCCCUCUGACACCUGCAAUACAUUAGGAGAAACCUUCUCUGCCCAGAACACCAGGCAACCCCCUGUCUUGUCCCACUACAAUGAACAAAGACAAAAUAAUCUGAUAUUGGUCUAGACUCAUCAUCCCUUCAGGGCAAAAAUUUCCUUUCCCCAUCCUUGUUUUAUCCUGAUGUGAAAUUACAAAUUAAUUAACAAUAAAAUUUGUAAAAAGCUAUGAUACAAGGACUGAGAAUGAUUUUCCAUAGUAAGGAUUUGAUUGAUUUUCUGGUUUUUUUUAAUGGGCAUCACCCAGGCAGGGGUAAGAUUUUAAUAGCAGAAAAGUAGGUUUAAUGGCCAACACUUUUAGAGAGCUCACUGGUGUCUCUGCCUGUUUAAAGCCCCUCCUUUGUUCACCACAAGGGAGCAAAACCUCAGAAAGUUUGAAUUGAUAGCAUUGGAACUCUGUGGUGUCAUUUGACUCCACAAUGAUAUUUUUCAAUUGUGCAGCCACCAGAUUUUAUUACAGAGCCCUUCUCAAUCCAACUCCUUCAGUGCUAGGACCUCAUGAGGACAGCCAGCUGGGAACUCCAGCACUAUUGUAAGGCAACUUGAAUAGUAAGAGAUUUGCCCAGUAAUUAUUACAAAACCAUUCUCACUGAUUUCUUAAGAACAGAGUUUAUAACAAGAGCCUACGACAUUACUGUUUUAUGUGCUAUAUAUUAUCCUACAAAAGGAACAGAGUGAUGCCUAGCUUCUAAAAAAUAAACUAUUUUAGGCCACCAACACAAUUCAGUUCACAAAAUCACUUCCAACCUUU